AUGCCGACGUAUCCCAUCCGUCGCCGCCCGCGCGAGUGUAAGACUUGCCUACCAUGUCGCGCGAGCAAAGUCCGCUGCGACCGCAAUGUGCCUUGUAGCAAUUGCAUCAAGCGCAACUUCACCUGUUCCUACGGUCGCCCGCCGCCGCCGGCCAAACUACCCAUCCCUUCGGCCUCUGUCACAGCCUCUUCCACGCCGCUUCAUUCCUCCUUCGCCUCUCCUGCUCUUCCGCCGCCCUACGGUGCAUCGUAUCCCCCGCGCGAGGGUUCCUCCACCUUCGACUCCUCCACCCGUACCAGCGAUGAUCAAGACCUUCCCGAGAUCAUCGAUAUUUCACAAGCCGAAUGGGAUGAGAUCAAUAUCAAGAUGGCUACGAUGGAGCAAAUUAUCGGUAGCCUUCACUCGCUAUUCAACGCACAUUCUGUUCGGAGGCGGUCCGAUCAACACGCGUCAGAACGAAAGGAUUCGACCCGGUCGGAGGGAGUUUACGGUUCCAAUGUGUUGAAGACCGGUGCCGUACAUCUGGGGUCCCGAUCGGCCCUGGUGGACAUUUUGGACAAAUCCAAGGCAUCUCAAGAUAUAGCGCAGGCGCUGCCUCAGGAAGAUCUGCUGGCAGAACUCGCCCUGGGGAACGAGUCGGCUGCAUACCCGUUUGUCGAUCUCUGGUCGUCUGAUCCAUAUACUUUCAACAUUGCCGGAGUCUGUGCGGUACUCCCGGACGAUGAGCAAUGCCAACGAUUUUUGGGAUUCUAUAAAGAGAUUGGCGCGGUGUUAUAUCCAGUCCUUCCAGAUCUAGAUGCACUCGGAAGGAAGGCAAAUCAGUUACUCGAAGGACGACGGAGGGCAGGAGGUGUCUAUAAACCAGAUGCCAAUGGAUUAGUCAAACCAUUUGGAAUGGAGCUUGUCUUUCUCAGUCUGCUUUUUGCGGUGCUUGCCUCGGGUUGUCAAUUGUCGGAUCUUCCGAGCGCUGACCGGGAACUCACGUCAUGGAUAUAUGUGUCUUGUGCAUAUCAAUGUUUGCGGAUGUUAAAUUACGUAUCGCAACCCACUGUAGAAGUUAUCCAAAUUCUUCUUAUCAUCAGCAAUGUCCUUUCAUAUAACAUGAACGCUGGUGCUUCUUACACUUUGCUUGGCAUGACGGAACGCAUGUGCCUGGUGCUUGGUCUCCAUGUCGAAUCCACAGUUGCAACCACCGAGGAAAAGGCUGUGCGAAGGCGCGUUUGGUGGACGAUGGCCUUUCAGAAUAGCCAUUUCUCACUUGCGUAUGAUCGACCAUCAAUCACGAUGGUCAGUCAACCGGAGAUUCCGUUCGAUCGGAAAUCGAUGCCUGGUCAUCGAACGUAUUUUGAAACCCUGUGCCGCGUGGUCUCACUUGCGCUCGAAGUCCUCCGGACUCGCAUGUACCCGGCUUCCGCUCAACCCCGAUAUCACGCGAUUAAGGAGUACAAGCAUCGUAUUCAGCGGAUGAUUGCAGAGGCCACACCGCAUCUGCGACAUCGUGACCAAUGUCGGUCGCUGGCCGAACACAUCGAGCGUACUGAAUUGCGCCUGCAUUCCUCGUAUUUACUUUCUGUUCUGUGCCGAGUUUCGUUAGAUCAGCAUGCACAUCUAGACGAUCAGAAACGGGCUUUGAUCCGGGAAGAUUGCAUCAGCAGUCUGAUCAGCACCAUUGAUGCCUUUGUCGAAUUGCACGAGAUCAACUCACAUUGUUCUCGGUCUUGGAUCAGCUUGCAGCGAUCGAUCGCGUCCGCUUUUCUCUUGGUCGCCAACGACGAUAGCCAACGGACUUGGGAGUUGACCGACCGCCUCGAGAAAGUUCUCGCCGAUCACGUCUAUGCGGACGGCGAAGCGAACCUCAAUGACCGCACCGAUUCGGCUAAACACCUGGCUUCGUCCUUGCGAGCGCUGCGGGAGAUCCGCGAGGCCUUCCGUGCGCGCAAACCGGAGCCCUCGGGAUCGACUCCGAGCCAGACUUAUUCCCCCUUAAUCUUGCCGUCACCACCGUCUGUCGAGACCAGUCCAGGCCUGCCGCCAAAUAUGAACAUUGCAGGCGCGGGCAUGGGCGCAGUUCUCCCUAUCGAGGAUUGGAGUAUGCGGAACAUUCUGGGACGGGUCUCUGACGUGAUGUUGUUCCCCGGUAUGAGCAACUAG